GCUGGGCUGGCUUGACUUGGGUCUUUUCAACUUCAAGUUGGAGGAGGCUGGUCUGCGCGCAGUGGCCCGUCCGGCGAGCAACACGACUCCGCUCAGGCUUAAUAACAUAGCGACACUCGCAGUGCCAAUUAGACAAAAUAAUAAUAAUAAUAAUAACAAAGGAUUCUGCUUUAUAGUCGAUACUUUACAUUGCGUCAUUUGUAAUAAUUCUUCCUCUCGUCGGUGCGGUGUAGCUCGCUAGCAUUUGCGAGGACGUUGGAUGCCAUUAGCGUCUGACGUUCACAAGCAAAGGAGACGACGACGAGGCUUCUCGUUCUUGUCCUGGUAACGACUGACAAGCCACCGUCGACCAUGUCAGAGCCGACCGCCGAGGUGAAGCAAGAGGUGAAGCAGGCGAGCAAAGAGGUGAAAGAAAGCGAAAACGUCGCCGAGAAAUAUUCUGUCAUGACAGUGAGCAAGAACACAGAAAUGAACAUGGAAGAGCUGUCGUCCGCCUUCAGCGCCGUGCCCACUCACAAGCCGGUUAAAAAGCAAAUCCAGUUUGUGGAGGACAAGCAGGAGUUCAGCCGGUUCCCCACCAAGGCAGGCCGUCGUUCCCUGUCCCGCUCCAUUUCUCAGUCGUCCACGGAUAGCUACAGCUCAGCUGCGUCCUACACGGACAGCUCAGAUGACGAAACUUCACCACGGGACAAAACACAAGUCAACUCCAAGGGCAGCAGUGACUUCUGUGUAAAGAACAUCAAACAAGCAGAGUUUGGGAGACGUGAGAUUGAGAUUGCAGAACAAGACAUGUCGGCACUGAUUGCUCUCAGGAAGAGAGCACAGAGUGAGAAACCAUUGGCAGGUGCCAAAAUUGUAGGCUGUACUCAUAUCACUGCCCAGACCGCAGUGCUGAUUGAGACUCUGGUGGCUCUCGGGGCCCAAUGCCGCUGGACUGCCUGUAACAUAUACUCGACACAAAAUGAAGUCGCUGCUGCUCUGUCAGAGAUUGGUGUGGCUGUGUUUGCCUGGAAGGGGGAGUCUGAGGAUGAUUUCUGGUGGUGUAUUGACCGCUGUGUCAACACUGAGGGAUGGCAGCCUAACAUGAUCCUGGAUGAUGGAGGUGACCUGACACACUGGAUGUACAAGAAAUACCCAAAUGUAUUCAAGAAGAUCCGAGGCAUAGUAGAGGAGAGUGUCACUGGGGUUCACAGGCUAUACCAACUCUCCAAAGCGGGGAAACUGUGUGUGCCAGCAAUGAACGUAAAUGAUUCUGUGACUAAGCAGAAGUUUGACAACCUUUACUGCUGCAGAGAGUCCAUCUUGGACGGCUUGAAGAGAACCACAGAUGUCAUGUUUGGAGGCAAACAGGUGGUUGUAUGUGGCUACGGUGAGGUUGGAAAAGGUUGUUGUGCUGCACUGAAAGCUCUUGGGGCUAUUGUCUACAUUACAGAGAUCGACCCUAUUUGUGCCCUGCAAGCUUGUAUGGAUGGCUUUAGGGUGGUCAAGCUGAAUGAGGUCAUUCGCCACGUUGAUAUCACCAUCACAUGCACUGGAAACAAGAAUGUGGUGACCAGAGACCAGCUGGACCGCAUGAAAAAUGGCUCCAUUGUGUGCAACAUGGGGCACUCCAACACAGAGAUUGAUGUGGCAAGCCUUCGCACCCCUGAGCUGACAUGGGAGAGGGUGCGCUCUCAGGUCGAUCACGUCAUUUGGCCUGAUGGCAAGAGAGUCAUUCUGCUGGCUGAAGGUCGCCUGCUCAAUCUCAGCUGCUCUACUGUUCCUACUUUUGUUCUGUCCAUCACUGCUACCACUCAGGCCCUGGCCCUAAUAGAGUUGUACAACGCUCCAGAGGGACGAUACAAGCAAGAUGUUUACUUGCUUCCUAAAAAAAUGGAUGAAUACGUGGCCAGCCUACAUUUGGCAACCUUUGAUGCCCACCUGACGGAGCUCAGCGAUGAGCAGGCAAAAUAUUUGGGCCUGAAUAAGAAUGGCCCUUUCAAACCCAACUACUACAGGUAUUAGCCCAGAAUAAGCUACACCUCAGCACACCCACGUGUUGAGGAACGAAGACAUGUUGGUAAUCCACACAAGAAGAAAUUUGACUGUAUGUUCAUAUUUGUCUCAUCGACUUGAUUUCACAGAAAUGCUUGUGAUAGUCCACAUUAAUAGGCAAUUGUGUUGUAAGAUUAUCAGUAUUAGUCACAUACUAUAAUAUUUUGUACCAAUAUUAAUUGUUUAAGAAUGUUGUGCCAAAUAACUGUAAGGGAAAGGUUACAGAUUUAGAAAAGUAACUGUUCAGUUUACGUGAUGCAAAGAAAUAAUGAUAUAAUUCUCUGGGAUCUGAAGUAUCAUAAACUUGAACAAGGAAAUCUCUGAAAACUUUUAAACUGACUGAUACCUUUAAUUGGUCAUCAACCUCAUGUAUGAGACAGAUGGCGACUGUCAAUGGCAAGUCUAACCUUGCCUAAUUUUAACAAUAAAGAGCCAUACAUAUAUGGACCAAACCACAGUUUUGGUUAGUUAAUAUUAUUAGACUUCUUUGAUCUGGUGAGCAACUUAAUUGUUGCAAUGCGUAUGCUGGAUCUACUUAUUCUCUUGUAGCACUUAUGCUUAUAAAUGAGCCAUAACAUCUAAGAUGUUGUAAGAAAUGCAUUGGCAUUUGAUACCGUCCCGCAGGUUAAAAACACAAAUUAGGUUACUUAGGUGGCCCCCUGACUGAAUAGUGAAUACAUUCCAAUGAUAAGCUAGAGAGGGAAUAAACUUGCCCCUCCAGUGUCAAGUCUCUGUGAACAGUACCACUCCCCACAUGCAUGUGAACUAAACCUAGUACUUUGUGAUUGUAGAAGAACCUUGAUUUGUUUUAGAAGAAUGAUAAGAUGAUGCAUGCGCCGCAGGACAUUCAAAUAUCAACAAUGUCUAUAGCAGGGGUCACCAGCGUUUGUGAACCAGAGAGCUACUCUUAGGAUACUGAUUCAAGUAUUCAAGUAUCGGCUUCUAAAAUACUGUAACACAUUUGCUCAAAUUACCUUUAUAAUAUGUUAUUGUUAAUAAUUGAUGAUUUUGAGCUAUGUGAAGACACUGAUCAUGUUAAUUCUUACAAUAAUGAUCAAAAAUGAUUUAACAAUGUAGGAAAAAGAUAAGGCGCCACGGUGACGGACUGGUUAGCACAUCUGCCUCACAGUUCUGAGGACCGGGGUUCAAAUCCCGGCCGCGCCUGUGUGGAAUUUGUGUGUUCGCCCUGUGCCUGCGUGGGUUUUCUCUGGGUACUCCGGUUUCCUCCCACAUCCCAAAAACAUGCAUGGUAGGUUCAUUGAAGACUCUGAAUUGCCCGUAGGUGUGAAUGUGAGUGUGAAUGGUUGUUUGUUUAUAUGUGCCCUGCGAUUGGCUGGCGACCAGUUCAGGUUGUACCCCGCCUCUCGCUCGAAGAUAGCUGGGAUAGGCUCCAGCACGCCCGCGACCCUAGUGAGGAUAAGAGGUACAGAAAAUGGAUGGAUGGAUGGAAAAAGAUACAUUUGUAUGCAACACUCUCCGAUCUCUCAAUCUCCCAAAGUUUUUACAUUUUCAAAUGUUCACUUCUACAACAUUCCUACAAAAUCACAAUGUCCCAUCACCUGUGAACAAUUUUAGAACAGGCCCACAGGCAACUCAUGUGGUGCCAGAGGGCACUAUGUUGGUGUCCCCUGGUCUAUAGCAUUUGAUGUCAUUCUUGGGGGGUUAUCAAAGAGAGGAGAUUAAGUAGUCCACUGUGAAUCCAUACUGUUGCAAGUGAUGUAUAUUCUAGUCUGUCUAUAACAUGUGUGUGUUACAUGCUGCAUGCGCUGCAAAUUCUAGAAGUGUUUGUACUGUAUACACAGCCACCACAAGCUCCUCUCCGUGGCAUUUAUCAAAACAACACACAUACUGUACACAUACACGAAAUAUGUGUUGUUUGAUUUGCCUAUAGAUUGACAUAAAAUGCAUCCCUCUUUUUCCUCACAAUAUAUUCAACAAAGACAUCUCUAACAGUGACAAGCUUUGUCAUCUUAUUCGAGAUGGUAUAGUUAGUUGCACACUGUGUUCUCGUGCUUUUGAACUGCUCUUAUUUUUCAUUUCAACAUGCUACUGUUUGUGAGGUUUGGUAUUGCACUUACUGUACAACUUAUUUCUCUACUUGUUCUUUUGUUUUAAAUUUAAGGACCCUGUUAAAUGAUUUCGUUAAAUGAAGGAAUCUUGCUUUAUUUCAGUCAAAUCCUUAACAUGUAUUCCGACACGUAGUUGACCUUUGCUAUAUGGGCCACCUCAUUACUGUCCCAAAUGUUAAGAUCUACUCAUUUGACAUUCAAUUUCAGCACCUUUUAACAUAACCUUAACAUAUUCCUGCAUUGAAGUUAUGAGGAAAUUUAAGUUUUUCUUUGAAUCUACAAGAUUUUAAUGAAAAGUAGCCUAGCCUGAGCUACUUUGUACUUGCAAUUUAAAGAGCAUAUGAACCAAAGGUAGCUAUCUAUGAGGACAUCAUUGUCAGGAAGCUAGUUGCUGUAACCAUGGUUACUGCCCAGCUGACAGUGCCUUGUGUCUCACUUAGUACAGUUUGUAUCUGCAGUACAUGUGUGUUUUUGCUGAUGCUCAACAUGGUUGUUCUGCAAUGCAGCUAUGCAGUUUUCUUCUGUAAAAAAUGAUUUAAUCCUGCAGCUGUGGAGAGAUGAUACUCAUGUAUUCAUUACAGUAAUUUUAAAUGAGUACACCGUAUUUUGUUCUCUGUCGUACAGCCCUUGUAAUUUAUCUCUUUAAUUCUAGUGUUUUAAUUUUCUAGUGUGUAAUCAACAAUCAGGACUUAUGCUGAUCUUUUCCUUAUUGCACUUAUGCCUUCUAUGAUAGAUUUAUAUUGCUUUGAUAACUAAUAACUAUAUUUUGACUCGUGUUAUGUCAAAUAACAGGACAUAUGAAUGUUUUUCCGCUGAUGGUUGUCAACUGGAUAAUAUAUGCACACUGUUAUUUUCACAGUUGUUCUCUUGUUGGUUUGUAGUCUUUGGUGUAGAGAUGCAGUUUUGGGUAUGAUUUAUUAACUUUAAAGUAGGAUAUGAGCACAGUAACUGUAGUUUUAAAACCCAAUCACAACAGUACACUGUAUGCUGUGGAAAAUCCAUGUGCACAGUUCCCUUUAAUAAACGGCUGGUAACAUAAA